AUGACGCUGAAUGCUCCAGAGUCUGACCUUACUCAAAUGCUUGUUAUAGCUUCGUAUGUUCGAUCAACCUUUGCUGUUUGUAUAUGGUAAAAAAAUUCAGCAUAAACACGCGCGUGAGGCUAAAGCACAGCGGCCGGCGGCUUUAUCGUCAAACUCACACCAGUUGCCACUUACUCGAUGGCCCGAUGCCGAUCUCUCAAUUGAGCCGGAACGUAUCGUAGUUAUACUUCGAGCGUGCAAAUUCUUAUUUUAUUCAUUAGCCAAGGAUUUAUAUUUGAGCUAAUUGAAAAAAGCUGCUGAAAGCAUUCCAGUCUUAGCUACAUAGUAGCUAUAAAGACAGCAGCCAUGAAGAACCUUUCAAUAAUUAAACGUCUAAAACAAAACAACUCUAACGAAGUUUCAGAAUAUGUUACUUCAGACGAAGAAUCUGAGAAAACAGUAUCUAAAAAUUUAAUGAUAAUUCAGGAAUUAAAUAAAAGACAUUCAUCGCACAGACCAAGAAAGACAGAUUUACAUUCAAAUAAUCAAGUACAAAUGGCCAAAAAAACACAAAUUACUGAAAAAUUACUUAUGAUGCAAUGUAAAAAAAAGUACUCAAGUACGUCUGAGAAAGAGUAUUUUCCUCCAAAUAUUAACAAUGGUCAUAGUUUAUCUGAAUAUCAAAGGAAUGAUUCAUGUGGAAAGAAUGUCAAUGAACAUUCUCAACUACAAAGAGCUGAAAAUAAAUGCAACUUUUCCUCACAAUCCAAGUCUCCAAAUUCAAGUAUAAAUUCUUCGAAUUUAAAUAGUUCUAGCAGUGGAGGUUCAAAUGGUUCUUCAAAUUAUAAAACAGCUCUUAGUAGCGAAGGUCAGGAUACUACUUUAUCAUCACAAACUGAAAAUGACUAUGCAGGUUUUUCAGUGAUGGAUUCAUUUCAAGAAUCUGCUCAUGAUGAGUUUCUAGAAGAUUACAAAAAUGCAAACAUACUUCAUCUGAAACAACCAAUCGUGGAUGUAAAAAAUAGAACUAAAUUUUAUGAUUCAAGAGGACGUAUGGAGCCAAUUGACUGGUCAGUAAUAGAAAGUGAAAAAAAGGAAGAAAAUGAUCCAAUACCUCAGGUAACAAAGUUUGAACAAUUUUCUAUAGUUCAAAAUCAAGAUUAUGACAGUAAAUUAGAAGCAUUUGUCAAAUCAGCUCCUUCACCUGACCCCUACUUUUUGAAUUUUAUUCAAAACUCAAUUGAAGAUAAAUGUAUUUUUGAUGAUGGCCAUUUUAAUGAUACUCAACUUGAAAGAUCUGAAAAUGAAACAUUGAUUAAAAUUAAUAAAAUUAAAAAUUCUAAAAACAAUUUAGAUCAAAUCAAAUUAGAUCCUGAGGUUGAAUUAAUGUUUAAGGAGACAAAAAAGAAACGUUCAUUAGUUGAUACAAUCGAUGAUUCAUUUUUUGCCAUAAAGAAUGAAAAUUCAGGAGAAAACCGUAGGCUUCUACAAGUCAAUAAUGACAACACUGUCACAGAUAAAACUGAUGAAUCAAUUCAAAAAUCUGAAUCACCAUUAAAAACUAAAAGAAGCUCAAUUUUGAAUUUGAUUAAAAAGAGAAAUGCACGGCUAAAAGAAAAUGAUGCAGUUUUGUCAAAUAAUGUGAAAUGUAAUGCACAUAACUUAUCUGAUAGUAAAACUAAAGAUCAGACAUCAUACAAAGUAGCAGAUUUACAUAAAUUUACUGAUGAAAUGUUUGAUUUUCCAAAAUCCAAAUCUGUAUUGACUUCAAGAAAAGUGGAUUCAGAUUUUAAAAAUGAUGACAGUAUUACAGAUAUAACUCAAAAUCUUGAAACUGAUAAUUUAAUGAGUUCAAAAUAUGUCAAUACAGAGAAGAUAAAGGAAAUCAAGAGUUACACCGAUGAUAUGUUCAACUUUGAAAAUCCAAACUUGAACUCAGACUCAGAAAUUUCUGUUGAUCAAUUAGUAGAUGAUGUUAAAAAGGAUUUCAUUAAAUCUUACAUUGAAGAAGCUUCAUCUUAUUAUAAUAAUUCAGAUUUACUAAAACCAAAUGAAACUGAAAGUAAUAUCAGUAAUGAUAAAAUAACAGAUAAUUCUUUAGACUCCGAUGAUACAUCUAUUUUAAAAAUAAGUGACCUUGAUUCAUCUUCAAGUUCUAAGUCUUCAAAACAUUCUAAAAUAUGGGAGAUUUUAAGAAAAAAACAAGAAAAAAAAUUGCAAGAAAUUUCUCUCAAUCAAAAAUAUCCGGUGUUGCAAUUAAAUGAGCAAGGGAAUGAUAAAAAAAAUUAUGUUAUUGAAUAUGCCAAAAAUUCUAGUCCUGAUGUAACUAGCGAUAAUAUAGUUGAUGUAUCAGAAGUUGAUCUAUUUUCUGUAUGUCAGAAAUCAUCAAAGUCUUUGAAUGUUCUAAAGAAAAAACAAAAUGAAAUGGAAUGUAAUAUUCCAGAACUAGAAACUACAAAUAUUAGAAAUAUUUGUACUGAUGAAAUUGAUGAUGUAUCAGUCAAACCAAUGGUACAUUCAGAGGAAUUCAAAGAAGAAGAGAUAGAAAUAUAUGAAUCAGAAGCAGAUAGUUAUGAUUCAGAUUCACAAACUGAAUCUACUCAGACUGCUGUUCUUAAUAUUAAACAUCAAACACCAUCUUAUGAAAUAGAAAGCCCAAAGAAACUUUUAGAAAAUAAAGAAGAUGAUCAAUUGAAUUCAUUUAUAAAUAUACAAGAUGAUACAAAAAGUAUCAAUAGCAAUAAUAGCAAUAUCAGUAAUGAAUUAACUCCUGCAGAUGUAUUACAUUUACAUGAAAUAAUAGAGAAUAAAAAUUUACAAGAUGAUGGUAGAGAAAAUUUGAAAAUUACAGAAAUUUCAGAUGAUCAACUAAAAACAGAUUCUGAAUGCACAACCAUAACUGGAAAGGCACAAUCAAAUAAUUCUCCUGACUACUCAAUCACAGAUUCAAAUGAUAUAAAAUCAAAUAAAGAAAUAGCAACAUUUAAGGAUGCUGAUACAACGUUUGAUGAUAUCUCAGAUGAUGAAUAUGAUUUUAAUGAUAUACAUAAUCUAUUUCCCUGGACCUCUGGACUGAUUCAAAACUUAAGUGAACAAAAAAAUAAAAUAAAAGACAUGAUAAAUUUACCUGCUAUUGAAAAUAAUGAUAGUAACAAAAAACUAAGUAAAUCAGAAACCUUGAAAAAUCAUGACAAUAAAGCAAUUACAAAUGCAAGUGGUUCAGAUUCUAAUGCAGCAUCAGAUGAAAAAAGUGUUGAAAACCUCCAAGAAAAUGGACCUCCAGAUUAUUUUAAAAAGCCAUUCAUUGUCAAAAGUAAAGCAACUGUUACAAGGAGCACAUUAAAUAGAAAGCUGUCUCUAUUAAUGUUAAGUAAGAAGAAAAGUCCAAUUUCUUGUUACAAGAUGAAGCAGUUAAAGCAACAAAGUAAAGCAUUGGAACCAAAGAAGCCUACAAGAGAUUAUAUACCAAUCAAGGAUAAGCAUGUGGUUCCAAAACAAUUACAGUUUUGAUAAAUUUUUAUACUAGCUAUAAUUAUUCUUGAUUGUGUGUACAUAUAAAUACGAAAUAAAGUAAUUGUUACAUAUUGUGAACCACAAUAAAACUAUUUUUACAUCUGA